AUGUUGAUAAUACCUAUAAGAGAAAUUCUCAAUCACAAUUAGUUUUACCAUCACAAAUUAUAAUUGAAAAUUCUUAUAUUAAGGAUCUUUUUAAAGGACUUAAUCUUGCAUAUGUGUUGCCAUCUCAUACAACUUUAUCUAGAUGGUUACUUGAUGAGAAAAUUGCACAGGCAUUUCACAAUACUGCUAUAGCUGCAACAACAAUGUGGAAGGAUUUAGAUCAUUCUGCCCAGAAGUGUAAAGAAUUAAUCUUACAAUUCUGUUACUAUGAUGCUAAUAAAAAGCCUUUUGAUUUACCUUAUAUUCAAGGAUUAGAUACAUCUAUGUUGUGGUGGAGGUCUAUAAGAAGUCAUCCUAAUCAUCUUUCUGAACUUGCACAAAGACUUUUCAAUAAACAAAUAUGCCUUGGAGUUGAAAAGCUUGAAGGAAUGAUUACAAUUAGGUCUUAUCAUAUAAUUAAUAUACAAAGUGAACUUACUUAUUUUGAUGCUAAGUUAACUGAAUCCAAAUUAUGUGAAAUGGUAAACAUUGCAACGAUUGAUGAUAAUAUUAUAAAUAAGGAAGAACUAAGUAGAAAUAAUGAUGAUGCAUAUAAGAAAAGCUCAAAUUCAUUAUUUCAAACUAAUAUACUUUUAGAAGACUUUGUAAAUUUGCAGGAUCCUAUAUUUCAAGAUAGAGAAAUUAU